UUCACCUACACCUGCCACGUACCCUCAUUCCCAACGUGUCACCAUCUUUUGACGUAGGAAACCACUGUCAACAUCCACCAUUAUCCUCCAUAAAUACUCUUCUUCUCCCACUAUGGUUAUCACCACACAAUACAAAACAUGACUCAACAACAUCCCAUUGAUGAUCAUCCACCAAAACUCCAAUCUUCAUUCCCAAUUCACCUACAAUUCAUAGACAUAUCUUACAAAGUAAAAACGGACAACAACAAAACCAAUGGUCUUCUUAUUAAACACAUGUUCAAAGGAGGAGGUUCAAAUGCGGAUCGUAACACGAUCCGCGAGCGGGUUAUCCUGACUGGGAUAACCGGGAUGGUUAACCCGGGUGAGGUUCUAGCGGUUUUGGGCCCGUCUGGAAGCGGGAAGUCUACGCUUCUUAACGCGCUUGCUGGGCGGCUUCCGGAGCAGUGUUUUAGUGGGAAAGUGGUUGCUAAUGGUGCGAAAAUGACCAAGUCGGUGCUUAAACGAACCGGAUUUGUAACGCAAGACGAUGUUUUGUACCCGCAUCUUACAGUUCGGGAGACGUUGAUCUUUUGCGCGCUUCUUCGGUUACCCAAGAGUUUGUCUAGGAGGGAGAAGAUGGAGGUGGCGGAUUCGGUUAUUGCGGAGUUGGGGUUGUGUAAAUGCGCGGAUACCAUAAUUGGGAAUACGUUUAUUCGUGGAGUUUCAGGCGGGGAACGAAAGCGGGUGAGCAUCGGACACGAGAUGUUGGUAAACCCUAGCUUGUUGAUCUUAGACGAACCGACUUCGGGUUUGGACUCCACAGCGGCACACAAACUGAUGUCCACUCUGGGCGGGUUGGCGCACCAGAAAGGGAAGACGGUGGUGACGUCAGUGCACCAACCGUCUAGCAGGGUGUUUCAAACGUUCGAUACAGUGCUAGUGUUGUCGGAAGGAAGGUGCAUUUACUUCGGAAAAGGGUCCAAAGCUAUGUCGUAUUUCGAGUCGGUGGAUUUCCGGCCAUCUUUUCCGAUGAAUCCUGCUGAUUUCCUGCUUGAUCUUGCAAAUGGCGUGUGGCAACAAGACAAUGUAACUGAAAAAGAGAGGCCAAACGUAAAGCAGACUUUGAUAUCGGCUUACAACGAUUUGCUAGCGUCAAAAGUAAAGGACGCGUGCUCGGAUUCAGCUUCGGAAGGUCUUACGCCUGUAAAGAGUCUAGCGCCGAAGGAGUACAGAACUAAAUGCGAGAACGGAGUCAACACGUGGUUCAAUCAGUUCACCAUUCUCAUCCAACGAAGCCUAAAGGAGCGAAAACACGAGACCUUCAACCCUCUUCGUGUCUUCCAAGUAAUCGCGGCCUCGUUGUUAGCUGGUCUCAUGUGGUGGCAUUCAGACUUUAGGGAUAUCCAAGAUCGACUCGGUCUCCUAUUUUUCUUUACCAUCUUUUGGGGCGUGUUUCCAUCGUUCAAUGCAGUGUUCGCGUUCCCUCAAGACCGAGCAGUCUUCACAAAAGAACAAGCUUCCGGGAUGUACUCGUUAUCCUCGUAUUUCAUGGCAAGAAUAGUCGGAGACGCACCCAUGGAACUCAUUUUACCAACCAUGUUCCUCUCCAUAACCUAUUGGAUGUGUGGGCUAAAACCUGAACUUGGUGCCUUCAUCUUGACCUUGUUGAUCUUGUUAGCAUAUGUUCUAGUUUCCCAAGGGCUCGGGUUCGCAGUUGGUGCUAUUAUAAUGGAUGCUAAGCAAGCAUCUACGGUAGUAACCGUGACAAUGCUCGCAUUCGUUCUAACCGGGGGGUAUUAUGUGCAUAAAGUGCCCAUUUUCAUUGCUUGGAUGAAAUACAUCUCUACAACAUUUUACACUUACAAGUUACUAAUCCGUGUCCAAUAUGGACAAGGGCGAGACAUAUGGUAUUUGUUGGGUUGUUUUCAAUAUCGUGAUAGACACGCGAGCUGUAAGUUCAUCGAAGACGAUAUUGAAGGUCAAAUAUCGACUGCUUCAUGCAUAGGAGUUUUGCUCAUUAUGUUCUUCGGUUAUAGAUUAUUGGCGUACCUUGCCCUAAGGCGAAUCAAGGCAUGAGUCGAGUUUUAGUGUAACUUUGUUUUGUGACAGCUGAAUCAGCGCGAUAGUAGGAGAACGCACCCAAGAUGUUGCGAUUAACGAAUUCAAGAAAACAUUACUUAAAUAAAUGUAAAGUCUUCUAUUUUUUACCUCUUUUGCCAUUUGUAGAACUUUGUAACGUAGCAUACACGUCACAACAAAAUGGUGUUGUCUAAUAGACAUCGGCUUGUGUUGUUGAAUGACACGAUAACAUGUUUACGGACAUGGUUCGAGCUAUGACGAGACACAAGAUAUCUUAUUUGAAUUGUAUGUUUCUUCGGCAAAAUAGACAUGUAACAUUUUAUCAUUUGUAGUAAUUAUAAA